AUGACAGGUGAAAGAAUUGAAAAGGUGAAAAUAAAUGACGAAUUUGCAAAAUCACAUUUCCUAACAACUCAGUGGAGAGAAACAAAGCGCCAACGACACUAUAAGAUGCCCGUUACUGAACAGGGACUCCGCGAGAGGAUAGAAUCAGCCAUACCGCAAGUUUACCAUAUCAUUGUGACGGAUCUUUCGUACGGUUGUGGUCAGUCGUUUGAUAUUGUGGUGGUCAGCGACUUCUUUCAAGGUAAAAGCAAACUAAUGAGGAGUCGUGCAGUGAACAAGGCUGUGAAAGAAGAGCUGCAGGAGAUUCAUGCCUUUAGCUGCAAGUGCUACACUGAGGAGGAAUGGUCUAAGAUUGUGGUAUGA